CUAAGUUUAUUGGCUCGAGCACUCUUUGAAAACUGACACAAUUUUCCUCCAUUCCACAAAUUUAUUCUCUUUUCUCCCUCUAUUUUGUUUUCCCUCCUUUGUCUUUUUAAUUUUCUCCAUAACAUGCCAACGUAGGUCCCGUGAUUCGCCUUAACUUAAGGAGAGAUAAUUGGAACAUUUCUCAAUCAAUCAACCAUAUUUUUAUAUUUUAUUUCUUCUUCUUCUCUUUCCCUCUUUUUCUUCUCUUUAAUUUAACUGAUACUAAAUAAAGCAAAAAGUAGUAAGCUUACUCUAACUAACCUUACUUACUCAAACCAUAAACUACACUCUUUUUCUACUUGUCUUUAAUGCUUUUUUGCCUUCAUUUUCACUCAAUUUCCCCCAUACAUCCGCCAUCAUUCUUGCCCACAAGAUUGUAUUGUAAUUAUUAUAUUUUGUUUGAUCAUCUUUCAAGGCUGAAAAACUAUAGGUACCUUUAUUUUUGUUGUUGUUUCACUUUUUCCCAAUUUUCAGGGUUCUUUUUGUUGAUGGGUUUUGGUUAAUUUUGCUAAAAGAGAUUUUGUUGACGAACCUGAUAAGCCUGGAGUGCGAUCAUACGUAGCUUGAUUUUUGUAGCGAAACCUUGAAGCAAUGGAGAAAAAACAACUAAAUUUUAGUGCUCCUCUUAUGUCUGCAAGGCGGUACUCAUCUCCCUUGCGUACUUCAGGUGAACUGAACAAAGUCGAUUCUCCACCUAAGAAUCGACACUCGAUUCCUUCAAAGCCGUCAGAUGUAACCUUGGAAGAGGUGGUGAAGCCAGGUUCUGUUCCAUUCAUGUGGGAGCAAACUCCGGGUAAAGCCAAAGACGGAAAUGAAUCACAGAGACACAGUCAUGAUCAGGUUUCUAUGGCUAUCACUUCUAAGCUUCCUCCAAGUAUGCCAUUUCCUCCUGGUAAAAAAUCAGGUGAAUUGAAUGGAUUCAGAACACCCAGUAAAUUAUCUGGGGAAUUAAAUGUUCUAAGACCCCAUAAAUUUUCAGGGGAACUUAAGUCGUUUCGCCCUCAUAACAAAUUGUCAGGGGAGCUUAAGACCAUGACUAUGGUAAGAUGGGAUAGUUCAAGAGAUAACACUGAAAUGAAUGCGAGUUCUGAGUCAGAAGAUGAUGAUCUUACAUUUUCUGAUGCAAUUGAAACUUUUUCUCAACGAGAGUCCUUUUCUAUUAAUUGUAGUGUCAGUGGUUUGAGUGCAUCAGAACGAUCUGAGACUAGACAAUUUGACAACCUCCCAACAGAUCCAAGAGCUCGGGAUUUUAUGAUGAACCGUUUCUUACCUGCAGCCAAGGCAAUGACCCUCGAGCCAUCUCAGUAUGCAUCCAGGAAACAACUUGUAGCUGUUGACCAAUCUAAGGAGGUUAAAGCAUUGCUUCCUAGAGCUAAGACACCUCCACCUAAUCAAAAUGUGUGCAGCAUUGUACCUUACACUGGACAAGAUAUUGGAUCAGAAGAAAGUGAUGAAGAAGAAGAUAGCUAUGAUGGGAGGAGUACUCUAUCUGUUAAAGUCAAAGCUUGUGGCUUCCUUCCUUGGUUUUGCUCGAAGAACUCCUUGCGCCUCGUGAAUCCCCUCCCAACCAUGAAGCAUAGAUCAAAAAGUGCUUUGUCUUCUGCCAGUAAACUCAGCAAAUUGGUUAAAACUAAAUCAUGGAGAUCUCCCAGUCAGAAGUCGGUUAAGCCUGAUCCAUAUACCAAUACAAAGCACAAGGUGAGGCAAGUGUACAAAAGCUGUGAGCUGCAAAAGCCACCAAAACAUACUUCCAAGCCGAUGUUCUAUUCCGGGGAGUUGCAGACAAGAAGUGGUUCUCCCUACCGCAGUUCUAGACGGAGCAGUGUCUCUCCUUUUCAGAAUGAAUCCCCCCAUUCCCUCUAUGAAAAGGGUGUUGGUUUCCUUGCAGUUCCCAGACGGGUUAAUUCUUUUGAAGACAAUCGAUCAAAGAUUCAUCAAAAAGGUUCGAAAAGAUUCGAUGAACCUGGAAGGAUGACAAGGAGUUCAGGCACAAGAAGCCCAGUUAUUGAGAAAACGCUGUAUGUAGAUUCUGUAAAUAUCACUAAAGUCUCUCAUUCGAUUUUGAACUUACCAAAGACCAAGAGGCAGCAAGUAGAUGGAUCGGUCCAAGAAUUUGGAGGAAGAAUGGAAAUGAUGAAGGCGAGAGGCAUGAGUGGACCUCUUGUUUGUGGUGGUGUGGAUUCCUCAAAACCUUCUAGAAUUUUGGAAAAAGGAAACACAAACACCUGCAGGGAACUUGUUUUAGUUUCAUCAGAUGACACAACUGCUACACAGUCCGCUCUCACUCCCCCAUUGCCUAGAUCACCCUCAGAAUCUUGGCUUUCUCGUCAAUUGCCAUCAGUGUCACCGAGGGUUUCUCCAAGGAAUUCAGUUUCUUAUUCGAGUAUGAACUCUAAGAUUUUAUCGCGAAUGCACACUGCUAAAACAACCAGUUCUGGUGCCAAGUGGGAAACUAUUGUCAAAACCUCUCAUUUGCGCGAAGAUCAUGGACGUUUCUCAGAGGAACUGGUACAUGUUUCUCAGCAGCCUCGGAUAUGGAAGUAAAGCUCCCUAUACUUCUGAACUUAUAUACUAAUACUCACCAUGAUUAUAAAUGGAUUGUUUCUCAAUAACUGAAGAUUUCUGUUUUUUAAUCGUCAAUCUUCAGUUUUCUCAUCAUUUUUUUGGAGGCUGGUAAACUUAUCACGUUUUCGCCGCCCUAGAGUUUUGUUUGUUUGUUUAAGCCCCUAGGACUAGAAAGAAGGCUGGGUUUACCAUUCAAUCUCUGUAAUGUGCUUAGUUCCAACAAGUGGAUUUGUUGUGAACCAAAUAUACAGACUGCCAUGAGAUCAGUGCAGCUUUGGUUUUGAAAGGCUGUAAUUGAAUGAACUUCUAUAUUUAUACAUUAGCAAGCUUUUGAUCUUA